UGACAAUAGGGCGGUGCCUACUCUGUGCUGAAGCUUCUCGGCGGAGCGGACGGUGGAUAAUUCUGUGGUGCUCAUCAAAGCAUUCCAACUGAUAACAAUGUUGGGUGCACUAUGAAAGUCAACAUGAUUGUUCAGCUUAUGACAUUUAUAAGUGAAUAAUCUGGUUGUGGCAGGAACGUCAUGUAUAAGGGAUUUGGCCAACCUGUAUGGAGACAUCUCUCCCAGACGAGCACAGCUCCUGUGGAACGGUAUAAACAUGGUUGUUGUGUCUGGAGGGGAUAUAUUUAUCUCUACGGUGGUCGAAGGCUAAGUGGUCUGAAGGAUUUUUGGAGAUACAACAUUGCUCAGAAUGAAUGGGAAGAAUUGAACUACGCUGAGGGAACACUACCAGAAGAAUUGGAGGAGCCCUCACUUGUAGCCCAUGAUGGAAUAAUCUACAUGUAUGGUGGAAUGGUGGACUCUGCUUAUACCCAAGGGAAAACUCCUCUCUGGAUCUAUGAUAUUGGCGCAGCGAAGUGGACUUGGUGGCAUGAAACACUUUCUUGUGAGCCUGUGAAACAGGCACCCAAGAAUCGGAAGGGACACACUGCUGUGGUGUUUGAGGCUCAGAUGUUCAUUUAUGGAGGUUAUGUUGACAUAGUGGGACCCUCCCAAGAAUUCUGGAGUUUUAGCUUUGGAGCCAAGGUUUGGUGCCCAGUGUUGGCCUCCUCUGGUGAUGUGGGUCCUGGGCCUCGAUACAGUCACUCCGCAGUUGUCUACAACAGCGGCAUGUACUUGUUUGGUGGACUGGUUGGACUUGUGGAGCAGAAUGACUUCUGGAAGUGGGAUUUCAUUGGUGGCACUUGGUCCAAGAUUAAAGCACGCUCUGGGCCUCACCAGUUAGUGGGGCAUUCUGCCGUUGUAUACCAAGACUGCAUGCUAAUCUUCGGAGGAGGAAAGGACCACAACAGCUCCAGCAACAGCCUGUGGAAAUUCCAGUUAACAACACAUAGCUGGGAGAGAUUAAACCCAGCAACAGAGACGCUGCCACCCUCAAAAAUCUACCACUGCACGGUAGGUGUUGGUCACAGCUUCCAGGAAAAGCAUCCUGACGAUGUCCCUCACACAAGACCAGUUCCAGACUGCAUCUGUGGUGACGUCAUCUACCCAUGCAACUCCUCCGACGAGCAGCAACUGGUUGGCCUGAAGGGUGCCUGCUGCCUGAACUUCUCCGCUCAGACCCCGCUCAAGCCUGGAGGCAAGACAACAAACUCAAACAACAUAGAGAUGGUAACUUUCAGUGUGCUGUCCUCAGAAGGUAGCAAGAAUCUCCUGCACUCUACUUUGCCCGUUACGCGUACGCCGGUAGCACAGUGGCCACGUGAAAACUCCCACCUCCUUUCAAUGCACCUGGAUAAACAAGCCAAGGAAUUCAGUGAGAAUGGUGCUUUAAGAGAAGCCCAGCCAGAUACUGCUCACCAGGAUGAUAGAUCACCCCAUUCAACGGAUAAUCUUCCAGACAUUCUGCUGAUAGUAGCCUAGGAAUCACAGAAUUGUAGAUCACACAGCACGGAAGCAAGCUUUUUGACCCACCAUGUGCAUGCCAACCAUCGGGCACCAUAUGCCAAUCCCGUUCACCUGUACAUGUCCAUAGCAUGGCAAAGCGCUUUUCCAGAUACCUUUAACUGCUGCAAGAGUACCUGCCUCCAUCCCCAUCCACCCCUUCAGAAAGUGUCAGCUUCUAUCUAUGGCUAUCCAGAUAACACCAGGAAUUGUCUGCUGGACUCCUUCACGUUUUCAAGUUAGCUCCAGAAGUGAAUGGUUGAGGUAUCUUUGAAUAUGAAGCUUAACAAAGGGCUCAAAUUUUCUCUUAUCUUCCAAAAGAUGCUAUUGACUUAACAAUGAAGCUUUCAUUCAGCAAAGGGAACAACAGAACUAUUCCAACUAAAUGCUGAAGCAAAUUAUCAUGCGUGUCUCCAUUGAACACAGUGCAGAUGUCUGGAUUAGAAAGUCCCUGGAGGCAAGUGCCCUCUCUCAUCAUGUGACGCUGUCAAAAACCUCUCGUCUGAUUUGGAGUCUGUUCCAGAAUGGAGAGGGGUGCAGAUGCAUUGAACAUCAAUACUGCAGAGGAGAUGAGAUAGAGGCACCCCAAAUUUGAUGUUUUCCCCACCCCACCUCCCCGAGACCUACUGAUGAGCAAGAAACCACCACCCACAGAGUGGGUCCGAUAGCAGCAGGAACUCUCCGCUGGGCUUCCUUACGUUUCCAAGGAAGCUCCUCCUCUGCAACAGGCGCAGACUGAUGCUAUUUCAUAAACAGAGGAAAUCGUGUGGAUGCUGGAAAUCCAGAGCAUGCACACACAAAAUGAUGCAGGAACGUGGCACGGCAGGCUGCAGCUAUGGAAAUGGCCAUUUUGGACUGGCGCCCAGAGACCAGCCGUUUGGCAAGAAACAGAAGUGGUGGACCCAUUUGGUUCCCCCACUUGAUCUGAAUGAUAGAACAUUCAAUGAAGUAAAUUCAUUAACGAAAGAGAAUGAUCUGACAGCAACACUCUGUGUGAAGCAGGCUGUAUUUAAAAGGGAGAAGUAGUGACCAGUGAAUGCAGUACAAAGGGAGAGAUUUUAAACAAGGCCCAGGUUUCAUUUAGCUGACAACAGGGAUGUAAUUAGUGUUUCCAUCCUGAUACAGAGUUGUCAUGUCAAUGUGUAGAAGACGCCAUGGAUUUCAGAGGACAGCAGUGAACCUAGUUUGUGUCACUGCCCUGUGUCUGUAGCAAUGGAGGGGAGCAGGCAAGGAUGUCAAAUUGGCACCAGUAGUUUUCAUGAUACUGGACUCCACAGAGCAGUUUGGUCAGGACACAGAUUUGAAAUCUCUCUCUAGGUUGCUGCUUUCAGCUGACAUUUAAAGAGCAGUAAACAUAAAUGAUCCGUAAGACCAUAAGAUAGGGGAGCAGAAUUAGCCCAUUUGGCCUAUCAAGUCUGCUCCGCCAUUCCAUCACGGCUGAUUUAUUAUCCCUCUUCACCCAAUUCUCCUGCCUUCUCCCGGUAACCUUUUACAUCCUUACUAAUCAAGAACCUACCAACCUCAGCUUUAAAUAUACUCAAUAACUUGCCUUCUACAGCCACCCCUGGCAACAAAUUCCUCAGAUUCACAAUCCUAUGGCCAGAGAAGUUCUUCCUCACCUCUAUCCUAAAUGGAUAUCCAUCUAGUCUGAGACUGUGUCCUCUGGUCGAAGGCUCUCCCACAUCCAAUCUAUCUAGGCCUUUCAAUAUGUGAUAGGUUUCAAUGAGAUCCUCCCUCAUUCUUCUAAACUACAAUGAGUACAGGCACAGAGCUAUCAAACACCCCUCAUAUGUUAACCUUUUCAUUCCUGGAAUCAUUAUCAUGAACCUUUUGUGGACUCUUGGUGCGCAAUGUGGUUAAAGAGCAGAAUCUUUCUGGAAAUGCUAAUCAUCACCCAACAUCAUGGCCGAUUUAUUUAAUUCUUCAGUCACUGGCAUUUUCCUCUAAAAUCCAUGAAAAGGAGCCCAUAUUCUGUGUGCCAAAAUAACCUAUCAAGGUUAUAACAAGCAAGGGAAAAGGAGAUAAAUUUGUGACAAAAGUCUUAUUAACCCAUUGUUAUCUUAACAGAACUCGUAAGACACAUGACAAUUUAAAAUAUGAAUACAAAAUAGCCUGGAAAUACAAAUGGAGAGUAAACUAUUUUUUCCCUAGUGAGAUUACUUGUCAGAUCCUGGGUGCACUGGGUAAUUGGCGGUUCCUCUAAUACUGUGGAAUGCAUAGCUAAUUGGCUGAUGACUGACAAUGGUGACCCAUCUUGGAGAGGUGAUUUCCAAUUAUAUUCAUUUACAUCUACCUGCCUGCGUGGUUUCUUUCCAAGGGGAUGCAGUGGACGUAUUUGACAGUGCUGAUGUUGAUACAUCUGGGAAGCUUUCCCUUUUUUUUAAACCUGGUGGGCUUUGUAGAAUCGAGUGUGCAUGAGGCCUGCAAUGAUUUAAUAACAGAAACAGGAAUUUUACUUCCCAGCAAGUGCAUGCAGAUAUAAGUGAGGUUCCUUUAAACAGAAUUGUAGCAGUUAGCAGAAUGCAAUUACAGUUCGGGGUGUUUCAGAGUUCGAUUCUGGACCGUUCUGCAAGGGGUCCCUGUACUUUCUCCUUUGGACUGUGUGGGCCUUCUCCUGUUUCUUCCCACGGUCCAAAGACACAGUGGGUAGCUUAAUUGGUCAUUGGAAAUUGUCCUGUAAUUAGUUUACUGUUAAUCGGGUUUGUCAGGGAUUGCUGGGGCAUCGUGUGUUCAGUGGGUCAGAAGGCCUAGUCCAUGUUGUAUUGCUAAGAUAAAAAAAUAAUUAUUAUUUUCGUAGGAGUGAAGUAUGAAGAGGUUGUGGACGUGGGGUUCAGAAUCAGCUUGCAGUAGGAGGGGAGAUGAAUGUAAAACAAAGUGGAUCUCGUGGAAUCCGGUAUUAACUGACAGGGAAUAAUCACUGGUCAACGGCAACUGGAAAAUCUGCAAAGCAAUCCAGGAGUUGGGUGUAUUUAGUAAGCCCUCUUGAUCCCGGUCGACCAUGAAUGUUGCUUCUUACAGAAAGCAAGUUGUUGCCUAGGUAGCAAAGCUCCCCAUCUCCACACAGCUAACAAAUCCAAAAGAAAAGCAAAGACAUACAGUUUGGCACCGGUGGCCUCGCAGGAGUUGUCAGUCAACGUAGGACUGCCUUAGGGACUCCAGCUCCGGAUUUUUCGGCAGGGUUUACUCCUGAAGCCUUCCUCGUGAGUGGUUAUAACUGUAACGGAGGGAAGGUUUGAGGUCAGUUUUUCCUUCUAGAUGAGCUGCCAACCGUCAGUACAUUUACAGCACGUUUAACAUGAAUAAUAAAUUGUCCAUUAAUGGGCGCCUGAGUAAAAAGCCUUGCGAAGACACUAACCAAUCAACAAGUCUAGAGGCUCGAUUAUUUAAGCUUUUUGCUUGGCAUUAUAAAAUGGGUAGUUAAUGUUUAAAGAUAGAUGAGGUGCUGAAUACACAGAAUCAGAAUCAGGUUUGUUAUCACCGGCAUGUGAUGUGAAAUUUGUUAACUGUAGAGAUAGUAAACUUUAGAAACUCCUGUCUGAGGGAAUAGAAGAUAAGUGGUAACAGAAUGCAUUUAAUAUUCUUCUACUGUAAUUACAUGUUGAGAUGUGCAUGUAUUUAUGAUCUUUCAACUUUAAAACAGUGAUAUUUUCACAUUACCAGAAUCCAACAAUAGACAGACGCCCAAUCACAAUAACAGUAACUCACCAUCACAGGUUUACCAAGAACACUAUGCCUUUAUGCCCUAAACAAUGUUUGACAAAGAGAUGCCCACACUUAUCCGCAGGUAGAACACUGAAUUGACUGCCCACACCUCAAGUGAUAAUAAGGUCUAAUUCAAAGUUCAAAAUAAAUUUAUUAUGGAAGUAUAUAUGUUGCCAUAUAACCCUGAGAUUAAUUUUCUUAUGGGCAUACUCAAUAAACCAGACGAAUAUCAGCCAGUCUUCAAUGGAGGAUCAGAGAUCAUUUCAGCUGACCGAUCAUUUAGUGGUAUCUGCACGGGAUUUUGAGGUGAGUGGUCCUGGGUUCGAAUCCAGCUGCCUCAUCACACACUUUCUAUCCAUGCUGCAUUGGGCGUCAAGCUAGCAACUCAGCCUCAUGCUAAAGAAACAGCAAGGUUGCCACUCCAUGCGCCACGAGGUGCGGAAGGAAACAACAAUGACAAUACUCAAUAAAUCCAUAACAGAAUAAUAACUAUAAUGGAAUCAAUGACCAGCACCAACUUCAGUCAGUGUGCAAAAGACAACAAACUGUGCCAAGACAUACAGAGAGAGAGACAGACAGAGACAGAGAAUGAGAGAGAGAGAACAAACAAACGAGAACCUGAGAUGAAGAGUCCUUGAAAGUGAGUCCAUAGGUUGGGGGAACAUUUCAAGAUGGGGUGAGUGAAGUUAUCCCCUCUGAUUCAUGAGCCUGAUGGUUGAGGGGUAAUAACGGUUCCUGAACCUGAUGGUAUGGGUCCUGACGCUCUUGUACCUGAUCAAGUCACUUUUUAUUGUCAUUUUGACCAUAACUGCUGGUACAGUACACAGUAAAAACAAGACAACGUUUUUCAGGACCAUGGUGCUACAUGAACAAUACAAAAACUACACUGAACUACGUAAAACAACACAAAAACUACAGUGGACUACAGACCUACCCAGGACUGCAUAAAUUGCACAAAAGAAUACAGGCAUUACAAUAAAUAAUAAGACAAUAUGCACAGUAGAGGGCAGUAGGUUGGUAUCAGUCCAGGCUCUGGGUAUUGAGGAGUCUGAUGACUUGGGGGAAGAAACUGUUACAUAGUCUGGUCGUGAGAGCCCCAAUACUUCGGUGCCUUUGGCCAGAUGGCAGGAGGGAGAAGAGUUCAUAUGAGGGGUGUGUGGGGUCCUUCAUAAUGCUGUUUGCUUUACGGAUGCAGCGUGUAGUGUAAAUGUCUAUAAUGGCGGGAAGAAAGACCCCGAUGAUCUCAGCUGACCUCACUAUCCGCUGCAGGGUCUUGCAAUCCGAGAUGGUGCAAUUUCUGAACCAGGCAGUGAUGCAGAUGCUCUGGAUACAACCUCUGUAGAAUGUGGUGAGGAUGGGGGGUGGGAGAUGGACUUUUCUCAGUCUUCACAGAAAGUAGAGAUGCUGCUGGGCUUUCUUUGCUAUGGAGCUGGUGUUGAGGGACCAGGUGAGAUUCUCCACCAGGUGAACACCAAGAAAUUUGGCAGCAGUGAGAAGACAGCAUGACCUGGGUGGUAGGGAUCCUGGACGAUGGAUGCUGCUUUCCUGCGAUAGUGCUCCGUGUAGAUAAUGCUCAGCCAUGGGGAGGUUUUUACCUGUGAGGCCUGGGCCGUAUCCACUACUUUUUGUAGGAUUUUCCAUUCAAGGGCAUUGGUGUUCUACACCAGGCUGUGAUGCAGCCAGUCGAUACACUCUCCACUACACAUCUAUAGCAGUUUGUCAGAGUUCUAGAUGUCAUGACGGAUUUUCACAAACUCAUAAGGAAGUAGAGGUGUUGCUGUGCUUUCUUCAUAAUUGCACUUACGUGCUGGGCCCAGGCCAGGUCUUGAGGUAUUUAAAUUUACUAACCCUCUCAACCACUGAUCCUCCGAUGAGGACUAGCUGAUGGACUUCUGGUUUUCUCCACCUGAAGUCAGUAAUCAGCUCCUUGGUCUUGCUGACAUUGAGUGAGAGGUUGUCGUUGUGGCACCACACUUAACUGAAUUUCAAUCUCACUCCUAUAUGCGGAUAUGUCACCACCUUUCAUUUGCCCUCUGACAGUGGUGUCAUGAGCAAACUUGAAUAUGGCAUUGGAGAAGUGCUUAGCAACACAGUCAUAAGUAUAAAGCAAGUAGAGCAGGGCGCUAAACACGCAAUCUCGUGGUUUACCUGUGCUGAUGGAGAAGAUAUUGUUGCAAAUCUGAACUGACUGGGAUCGGCAAGUGAGGAAAUUGAGGAUCCAAAUGCACAUGGAGAUAUUGAGGCCAAGAUCUAGGAGCUUAUUGAUUGGUUUUGAGAGGAUGAUAGUAUUGAAUGACAAACUGUAGUUGAUAAAGAGCAUCCUGAUGUAUGCAUAUUUGCAGUCCAGAUGUUCCAGGGUUGAGAGAAGAGCCAGGGAGAUGGGAUCUGCUGUAGUCCUGUUGCUCUGGUAGGCCAAUUGGAGCAGAUCCAAGUCACUUCUCAGGCAGGAGUUGAUAUGUUUCAUCGCCAACCUCUCAAAACACGUCAUCACGGUGGAUGUAAGUGCUACUGCGGGGUAGUCUUGGAGGCAGGUUACCACAUUCUUCUUAGGCACUGGUAUAAUUGAAGGCUGCUUGAAGCAGGUGGGCACCUCAGACUGCUGUGGUGAGAGGUUAAGGAUAAUGGUGAACACUCCAGCCAGUUGAUCAGCACAAUUACUUGACCAGGCGCCCCGUCUGGGCUGACGUUUCUCAGGGGUUCACCUUCCUGAAAGCUGCUCACUUCACUAUGCCAACUGCAGUAACUUGGAUCGCAUUGCCAUGAUAAAUAACAACACCCCAUUCAUUAAAAUCCUACAUAAGAUAAACACAUUACUUUUAGGCAUUUAUUUAUGCCAAAACACAAGAUAUUCUGCAGAUGCUAGAAAUCCAAAGCAACACACAAAAUUCUGGAGGAACUCAGCGGGCCAGGCGGCAUCUAUGGAAAAGAGCAAACAGUCCACACUUUGGAUCGAGACCCUUCUUCAGGAUUCAAGACCCUCCUGAAGAUGGGUCUCUGUCCAUAGUGUUGACUCUUUUCCAAAGAUGCUGCCUGGCCUGCUGAGAUCCCCCAGCAUUAGGUGUGUGUUGCUAACUUAUUUAUAGUAGGAGUUGCAAUAUUUACAUAAGUAUUCUAAGAGUUUAAAUGUUAGAAAGAUUACCUGAUUACUAUCAGGGAUACCAUCUCAGUGGGGCACUUUGGGGGUUCAGUGAUCAUUGCCGACAUUUCUCAGUAGUCUUCAUUUAGUGACACACGAGGGCAAAGACAGGAUCAGCAUGGAUCUUGAUUGAGAAGGAGAGUAGACCAUAGAAACUACAGCACAGAAACAGGCCCUUUGGCCCUUCUUGGCUGUGCCGAACCAUUUUCUGCCUAGUCCCAGACCUGCACACGGACCAUAUCCCUCCAUACACCUCCCAUCCAUGUAUCUGUCCAAUUUAUUCUUAAACGUUAAAAAAGAGCCCGCAUUUACCACCUCGUCUGGCAGCUCAUUCCAUACUCCCACCACUCUCUGUGUGAAGAAGCCCCCCCUAAUGUUCCCUUUAAACUUUCCCCCCCUCACCCUUAACCCAUGUCCUCUGGUUUUUUUCUCUCCUUGCCUCAGUGGAAAAAGCCUGCUUGCCUUCACUCUAUCUAUACCCAUCAUAAUUUAAUAUACCUCUAUCAAAUCUCCGCUCAUUCUUCUACGCUCCAGGGAAUAAAGUCCUAACCUAUUCAAUCUUUCUCUGUAACUGAGUUUCUCAAGUCCCGGCAACAUCCUUGUAAACCUUCUCUGCACUCUUUCAACCUUAUUUAUAUCCUUCCUGUAAUUUGGUGACCAAAACUGAACACAAUACUCCAGAUUCGGCCUCAACAAUGCCUUAUACAACCUCAUCAGACUUUAAUAUGAAGAAAGACUGGAUGAACUGGGCUUGUACUCGUUGGAAUUUAGAAGAUUGAGGGGGGAUCUGAUUGAAACGUAUAAGAUCCUAAAGGGAUUGGACAAGCUAGAUGCAGGAAGAUUGUUCCCGAUGUUGGGGAAGUCCAGAACGAGGGGUCACAGUUUGAGGAUAGAGGGGAAGCCUUUUAGGACCGAGAUUAGGAAAAACUACUUCACACAGAGAGUGGUGAAUCUGUGGAAUUCUCUGCCACAGCAAACUGUUGAGGCCAGUUCAUUGGCUAUGUUUAAGAGGGAGUUAGAUAUGGCCCUUGUGGCUACAGGGGUCAGGGGGUAUGGAGGGAAGGCUGGGGCGGGGUUCUGAGUUGGAUGAUCAGCCAUGAUCAUAAUAAAUGGCGGUGCAGGCUCGAAGGGCCGAAUGGCCUACUCCUGCACCUAUUUUCUAUGUUUCUAUCAUAACAUUCCAGCUCUUAUACUCAAUACUUUGAUUAAUAAAGGCCAAUGUACCAAAAGCUCUCUUUACGACCCUAUCUACCUGUGCCGACACUUUUAGGGAAUUUUGUAUCUGUAUUCCCAGAUCUCUCUGUUCCACUGCGCUCCUCAGUGCCUUACCAUUAACCCUGUAUGUUCUAUGUUGGUUUGUCCUUCCAACGUGCAAUACCUCACACUUGUCAGUAUUAAACUCCAUCUGCCAUUUUUCAGCCCAUUUUUCCAGCUGGUCCAAGUCCCUCUGCAGGCUCUGAAAACCUUCCUCACUGUCUACUACACCUCCAAUCUUUGUAUCAUCAGCAAACUUGCUGAUCCAAUUUACCACAUUAUCAUCCAGAUCAUUGAUAUAGAUGAUAAAUAACAAUGGACCCAGCACUGAUCCCUGUAGCACACCACUAGUCACAGGCCUCCACUCAGAGAAGCAAUUCUCUACCACCACUCUCUGGCUUCUUCCAUCGAGCUAAUGUCUAAUCCAAUUUACCUCCAUGUAUACCUAGCGAUUGAAUUUUCCUAACUAACUUCCCAUGCGGGACCUUGUCAAAGGCCUUACUGAAGUCCAUGUAGACAAUAUCCACUGCCUUCCCUUCAUCCACUUUCCUGGUAACCUCCUCGAAAAACUCCAAUAGAUUGGUCAAACAUGACCUACCACGCACAAAGCCAUGUUGACUCUCCCUAAUAAGCCCCUGUCUAUCCAAAUGCUUGUAGAUUCUGUCUCUUAGUACUCCCUCCAAUAAUUUACCUACUACUGACGUUAAACUCACCGGCCUAUAAUUUCCCGGAUUACUUUUUGAUCCUUUUUUAAACAACGGAACAACAUGAGCCACUCUCCAAUCUUCUGGCACUUCACCCGUAGAUAGCGACAUUUUAAAUAUUUCUGCCAGGGCCCCCGCAAUUUCAACACUAGUCUCCUUCAAGGUCCGAGGGAACACUCUGUCAGGUCCCGGGGAUUUAUCCACUUUAAUUUUCCUCAAGACAGCAAGCACCUCCUCCUUUUCAAUCUGUACAGUUUCCAUAGUCUCACUACUUGAUUCCCUCAAUUCCAUAGAUUUCAUGCCAGCUUCCUUAGUAAAUACAGACGCAAAAAACCUAUUUAAGAUCUCCCCCAUUUCCUUUGGUUCCGCACAAAGCCGACCACUCUGAUCUUCAAGAGGACCAAUUUUAUCCCUUACAAUCCUUUUGCUCUUAAUAUACUUAUAAAAGCUCUUUGGAUUAUCCUUCACUUUGACUGCCAAGGCAACCUCAUGUCUUCUUUUUGCCCUCCUGAUUUCUUUCUUAAGUAUUUUCUUGCACUUCUUAUACUCCUCAACACCUGAUUUACCCACUGUUUCCUAUACAUUUCAUACAACUCCCUCUUCUUCUUUAUCAGAGUUGCUAUAUCCCUUGAGAACCAAGGUUCCUUAUUCCUAUUCAAUUUGCCUUUAAUCCUGACAGGAACAUACAAACUCUGCACUCUCAAAAUUUCUCCUUUGAAGGCUUCCCACCUACCAAUCACAUCUUUGCCAGAGAACAACCUGUCCCAAUCCACGCUUUUUAGAUCCUUUCUCAUUUCUUCAAAUUUGGCCGCCUUCCAGUUCAGAACCUCAACCCUAGGACCAGAUCUAUCCUUGUCCAUGAUCAAAUUGAAACUAAUGGUGUUAUGAUCACUGGAACCAAAGUGCUCCCCUACACAGACUUCUGUCACUUGCCCUAAUUCGUUUCCUAACAGGAGAUCCAAUAUUGCAUCCCCUCUAGUUGGUCCCUCUAUAUAGUGAUUUAGAAAACUUUCCUGAACACAUUUUACAAACUCUAAACCGUCUAGAUCCCUAACAGUAUGGGAGUCCCAAUUAAUGUAUGGAAAAUUAAAAUCCCCUACCACCACAACUUUGUUUCCUGCAGUUGCCUGCUAUCUCUCUGCAGAUUUGCUCUUCCAAGUCUCGUUGACUAUUGGGUGGUCUGUAAUACAAUCCCACUCAUGUGGCCAUACCUUUCCUGUUCCUCAGCUCCACCCAUAAGGACUCAGUAGACAAGCCCUCUAAUCUGUCCUGCCUGAGCACUGCUGUAAUAUUUUCCCUAACAAGCAAUGCUACUCCCCCACCUUUCAUUCCUCUGCCUCGAUCACAUCUGAAACAUCGGAACCCUGGAAUAUUAAGCUGCCAGUCCUGCCCCUCCUGUAGCCAAGUUUCACUAAUUCCUACAACAUCAUAAUUCCACGUAUCAAUCCAUGCCCUCAACUCGUCUGCCUUCCCCGCAAUACUCCUAGCAUUGAAAUAUAUACACCUCAGAAGAUUUUUACCACCACUCACAACCUUUCUAUCAGCGGAUUUGCUUAAACUUUCAAUAUCAUUUAUUUUCACCCCAGCCACACUGUCAGCUCUGGCACUCUGGUUCCCAUCCCCCUGCAAAUCUAGUUUAGAGCCUCCCCAACAGCACUAACAAACCUCCCUGAAAGGAUAUUGGUCCCCCUGUAGUUCAAGUGUAACCCGUCCCUCUUGUACAGGUCCCACCUGCCCCAGAAGAGGUCCCAAUGAUCCUGAAAUCUGAAACCCUGCUCCCUACACCAGUUCCUCAGCCACUUGUUCCUCCUCCAGAGCAUCCUAUUCCUACCCUCACUGGCACCUAGCACAGGUGGCAAUCCUGAGAUUACCACCCUCGAGGUCCUGCUUUUCAACUUCCUACCAAGCUCUCUAUACUCACUCUCCAGGACCUCCUCACUCUUCCUUGCUAUGUCAUUGGUACCGAUGUGCACCACGACAUCUGGCUGGUCACCCUCCCACUUCAGAAUGUCAUGCAAUCGAUCAGAGACAUCCUUGACCCUGGCACCCUCCUUGUCAAUGAAUCAUUUUCCACUCCCCACAUUUCUUCCCAUCACCUUACAAUUUUCCUCCCUUUAAAGCUAGGCUCUUGAACAAAAAACAAGUUCCUAAGUGGCAUGUCUGGAAUUGAUGGGAAGUUGUCCUGGUCCAGCUUGUUCUUGCACCAAGUGAACACCAGAGGGCAGAACUGACCAGACAAUUAAAUGUGACUCACGUCGACAGAAAAAAUUCAGUACAUGGUUUAUGUUGACAAUAUAACCUUCAAUAGCCUGUAUGACUGUCGGUUGGACCAUUGCAUAAAUGCAAUAUGAUUAAAAUUCACACAUGUCCCUUAUUUUUUUAUCAUGCACUUGCCAAUUAAUGUGUUAGCAAGUGUUCAUAUUUGUGAAAAAAAAUCGACAUUUAAUUUUACAGGUUGCUGAGAUGUGUUCUAUCUUAAGGUGGAAUUGUGGGCUGCCGUUUAUAUUUUCAAAUUCCACCACCCAGUGUCAAUAUUUGUACAUUGUAUUAAUGACUAUGAGAUGCAUGUGUUUUCUCUUAAACAGUAAAGAAUGUUCCUUUAAGGAGCUGCACACUUUUGAAGUUUACUAAAUAUCAUAACAAAGAAAACAUUUUAAUUAAAGCACAGUGUGUGUGAUUGAAGAAUUUUCAAAACAUUGUCACAGGCACUGGAUUCCCUGGUUUUCCCCUCAGGUUGAAACUGUUUGUACUUUAUUUUUGGAAAUUCUUCUUAAAUAACCAGUCAUGGUCCUUUA